AAACAGGAGACUUGAUCGCGCAGAGAGGCUUUAUCCGAGUCCCUCUUGAUCCUCCUCGGAUCCUUCUCUGGAAGAGACGUAAUGCGCAAGUGAAUGGAGAAGGUCUCACGAGAGUGAAAGCAAGUCUCGCGAAUUUUUUUUUUUCUGCCUAGCGACUGACAACAGGCCGGUUGCUUCAAGUGGAAUCCCUCAAGUGGCCUAGCCUGAGAUUGGAGUGAGACUCCAGCCUUAGGCUGGGGUUCUUUCCAUCUAGGGGAGACGGAUUCAGAGGGGCUACAGACCAAGAUUGUUGAAAACCAGACAUACGAUGAGCGUCUAGAGAUUAACGACUCUGAAGAGGUUGCAAGUAUAUAUACUCCAACCCCAAGACACAAAGGACUUCCUCGUUCUGCCCAUCUUCCUGACAAGACUAUGGCUGAUAGCAGUGAUGAGUAUGAAGAGGAAAAUAACAAGGUCCUAAGUGAGGGCAUGCCACAGGCUCCAGGCCACAGAGGCAAAGACAUGGAUCCCGUCCCAACUGCCCCUGCAAACCCCAAGCGUCACCAGACCCCUUCUCAUGGACUUGAGAGGGUGGGAUGGUACCUAGCGAACCAGAAGCUCAGAAAGGAGAAGAAGACGACCUCGAAGCUGACACCUCAGCGGGGCUUUAGUGAAAACGACGACGACGAUGACGAUGAUGAUGACUCAUCUGAAACUGAUUCUGAUGAAGACGAUGAUGAUGAAGAGCAUGGGGCCCCUCUGGAAGGGGCCUAUGAUCCUGCAGAUUAUGAGCAUUUGCCAGUUUCUGCUGAGAUUAAGGAACUCUUCCAGUAUAUCAGUAGGUACACACCUCAGUUGAUUGACCUGGACCACAAAUUGAAACCUUUCAUUCCUGAUUUUAUCCCAGCUGUUGGGGAUAUUGAUGCAUUCUUAAAGGUCCCACGUCCUGAUGGAAAGCCUGACAACCUUGGCCUGUUGGUGUUGGACGAGCCUUCUACAAAGCAAUCGGACCCUACAGUGCUCUCACUCUGGUUAACAGAGAAUUCUAAACAGCACAACAUCACUCAACAUAUGAAAGUAAAGAGCCUGGAAGAUGCAGAAAAGAAUCCCAAAGCCAUUGACACAUGGAUUGAGAGCAUCUCUGAGUUACAUCGUUCUAAGCCCCCUGCGACUGUGCACUAUACCAGGCCCAUGCCCGAUAUUGACACGCUGAUGCAGGAAUGGUCCCCAGAGUUUGAAGAGCUUUUGGGCAAGGUGAGCCUGCCCACGGCAGAGGUUGAUUGCAGCCUGGCAGAGUACAUUGACAUGAUCUGUGCCAUCCUAGACAUCCCUGUCUACAAGAGUCGGAUUCAGUCCCUCCACCUGCUCUUUUCCCUCUACUCAGAAUUCAAGAACUCACAGCAUUUUAAAGCUCUAGCUGAAGGCAAGAAAGCAUUCACCCCUCCCUCCAACGCCACCUCCCAAGCUGGAGAUGCAGAGACAUUAGCCUUCAGCUGAGACACCUCCCAGGUCACUGUUUCAAGGAUGAGCUGGCUCCUCUACCCUAGCUGAGAAGGAGAGAGUGUUAUCAGCCCCCUGCAUCCUUGCCUGCAUCACAGCUUGACUCGGACAGUCCCACUCCCCUCUCUGCCAGGAAGCACUGCACGGGUUCCUUAAGUGGCUUCUGCCUGUCUCAGGUUUCCUUCCCAUGAGAAUUAUGCAUCUCCACCACGGUGGAAAUUUGAGUUAGAAGAAUUGGAAUCUGGGAUCCCAGGAUGCUCCAGUGGAGAGGAAAGCUUAAAAGAUGUUCUUUUUGAGAUAGCGAUGAAAUUAUUUUCUUUCACUCUUAAAGUUAGUUGGCAAAGAUUUUACAAAUAAAAUGCUCUUUUAGGUUA